AUGGGUGCUGACAUUCGUCGGAGUUUCCUGAAGCAAGAUCGUGGCUUCAGCUGCCUUUGCACUCGCUGUCAGAGCACCCAGAGCCAUUCGCGGCGCCUUUGCACGCUGAAGAUCUUUGGCACAUCGGAAAUAUUGCAGAUCCCCAUCGAGGUCACAACCAAAGUUUUGGCAGUUCGCCAGCUUGUGUCUUCGAGAGUCGGUCUGGAGCCCGAGAGCCUCACCUUCGUUGUGAAGUCUGCGUCUAGCACCCGGGUGCUGCGAGACUCGGACGAGAUCCCCUCCCAGGUGAUCGUUCGGGGACCUCUCAAUUGCUGGCAGAAGCAGAAGGCGGUCUACCCGCACCCGCACUGCAUCAUCGGCGCAGGGCACGGGGGCCUGAAGCAGGGUCUUGCUUUCCUCAAGGAUGGAAUUCAGGAUUUUGCCAUUUACGACAAGCUAGGGCGCAUCGGAGGUGCUGCCUGGGUCAUCAAUGCAAACCCUACCUCGAAGCUUCAGACGGAAUUGGGAGUGUACCACCUGCAGUAUGACCCGGACUGUCUGGUGCCCAAGGACAUGAAGACGUGGCCGACUCGCGAUGAUUUGCUGGACCACUUCGAGCGUGUCUGCAGGGAAUUUGGGCUACUCGGCCACAUUCAUCUGAACACAGAAGUCACCCGUAUCGACCGCAUCAACCUGAAGAUGCUGGAGCCGGAGGCAUCGCCGCGCAAGUAUGUCUACAAAGUUUCGGUCAAGAGGCCCGUGUUGAAAGAAGCAGACACCGCAGACUCGGCCUCCAAGCACAAAGAGGAAGGCGAGUCUUCAGCAAACGCCCCGGCUCUCUUGGACCCUUUGGGUUUGGGCUUUGACGAGCUGGAGUUGGAGUCCCCCGACCCCGAAGACAUUCAAAAACCUGAGGAAAUCCAGAUGCUGGAUUUCUCCACCAUUGAGUGCUAUCCUGGAGGUCUCACUGACAAUUUACGCAUGGAGUUCAGGGGUGAGGACAUCUUUGAGGGCAACAUUGGGUAUGGUAUGUUUGACGAGUUUGACUACACCUCCGUCGCAAACUCGGCUGUCGCGAUUUUUGGAAUGGGUGCUUUUGGCGUAGAGAAUGUCAGAACCUGUUUGGAGCAUGGUGCCGCAAAAGUCACGAUCAUCUGCAGGAGGAGAAACAUCGCAAUUCCGAGAGUAGUAGACUGGUUCAUAAACCAAAGCCUUUACCCACCUCCGGCUGCGAUGGUGCUGGACGCCAUGAAGCCGAUGUAUAAUUUUCUGGACGUGAAUGUUUGGGAUUUUUACGCUGUGCAGGCGAAUUCUGACCGAACGAAUGCAACGAUCCGACAAAAGUCUCGGUUUGGAAUUGGUGACUUCUAUUUUCUUGCGACGUGUUACGGAAAAGCUGAGACGGUGGUCGGUGAAAUCAAGCGCCUUCGUGCGACCGAUAUUCUUCUGGAGUCAUCGGAAAGUGUUGUGGCUGAGCAUUUCAUCAAAGUCCUGGGUUUCAAAGCGGACCCGAAGAUAGACAAGCUCUUCAGUACAAGGGAAAUGGUGGGUUUCUUCCCGAACGGGGAUUGGAGAACAUGGGUCUGCUGCGAGUUUCCUGGCAUCGAUGCUGGACGCUUUGGGGGCACGUCGUUGUCGCCCUCCGCAAUUACUAACGCGGAGAUGAUGAAGUGGUGCAUCAACUAUCCACGCGAGAUGCUCGCGUUGCUGGAUGCGAACGUCCUGCCCCGUCAGAAGGCAGACAGCAAAACAGGACGGCCAGCCUACCAGUUUGAGCCGCGAGCGGGAGCCCAAAUCACGAUGGUCACCGUCGGGAGCCUGCCUGGCCUGGCGGAACUGCCCGAGAACGGGGCCCUGCUGAAAAGGCAGAAGAUGCUGACAGCACAUCCCAUGGAAGUGUACGUCGACGAGUGUGCCAAUGAGUGGUACGAUUAUUGCCAGAUGAGCGUGGCGAUGACCGGCCCUUUCCCACCUACCCGUACACCCACGAAUACGUUCGAGAGCUCUGCAACCGGAAUGACCGCGAGGGCAAGGAAGACAGCGAUGCGAUGGCAGCACGAGCUGCGGGGAGGCCCGGAUGCUUGCAGAGCCCUGCCUUGUGACGCUUGCGGUGCCGGGACAGUGCUGCCACAGGGGCACUCACGAACCGCCUCGGAGGCCCAGCCUACAUGGCACUGUGCCUCCUGCAGUCGGGACACCCUCAGCGGUGACCUGCAUCGCAGCACAGCAGAAGCACAGUUGACGCAUCGCAUGCUUCUGGAGCUCAAGCCGCCGCGUGGUGUGCCAAAGGCCAGUCCUGAGGAGUUGGUGGCUUUGGCUGGUGAUGUGAGGAGCAGACUUGGUGAUGAGCAUUGGAUCUCUGCGGCGGCAGCGCUGGUGCUCCACUUCCGCUGCCGGCCUGAGGGCGGGCUGCUGAACCCCCUGUCUGUGGCUUGCGGCUGUCGUUUCCUGGGCUGGCUGCUCGACAGGAAACUGCCACUCCCUCCGGCACCGAUUGUUCGCACACCGAUUGCCGUGGCCAUAGACUGCAUCGCAUGGCUCGGCGGCUUCCCUAGUUCUGUGGCUUGGUUUUGUUGGCGAGCUUCAAAGCUCAGUGCUCGUGCUUGUGCGGGUUGA